AUGUCGUCUUCAGAGACCACGACAACUACGAGAAAGAGGAAGUCACGAGCUGUUGAGACUCUUGCACAGUGGAAAGAGUGCAAUGUUGACACCAAACGAUCUGGUAAAAUUCAAGCCAUUGGGUCUAAGAAAGGAUGCAUGAAAGGCAAGGGAGGGCCUCAGAACGCACAAUGCACUUAUAGAGGAGUAAGACAAAGGACCUUGGGGAAAUGGGUUGUAGAAAUCCGAAAGCCAAACAGGGGGAAGAGGCUCUGGGUGGGUACUUUUUCAAACUCUGUGGAAGCUGCCUGUGCUUAUGAUGAAGCUGCAAGGAUUCUGUACGGCUCUUUUGCUCGCCUCAACUUUCCAGCAGGGUUGGAUUCAGCGACUGCAUCAAACUACUCUGAAAUACCCUUGAGGAAUGAGGAUGGAGAAAGCAUUGCUACAUCUUCUGCUGUUGAGGAGGAUCUUCCAGAGCUUUUUUAA